AUGGCCGACGACAAGGUGCCCGUGUGGCUGGACUGCGAUCCAGGCCAUGAUGAUGCUUUUGCGCUUCUCCUCGCCGCUCACCACCCGCGCGUCAAUCUCUUGGGCGUGUCCACUGUGUUUGGCAAUGCGCCUCUGUCCAAGACCACCCUCAAUGCAGGCGCACUUCUCACAGCGAUAGGGAAACAUGAUGAGAUCCCCCUCCACGUGGGCGCGGCCAAGCCCCUGGAACGACCAGCGCAUCACCCUGCGACGGAGAUCCACGGUGAAUCGGGUCUCGACGGGACUGAACUCCUACCCAAGCCGGCCAGAGCCCCCAGUGAUGUGCCGGCUGUCGAAGCCAUGGUCAAGGCUCUCAAGGCCCAACCGCCAAACACGGCGUGGAUCGUGGCGACGGGCUCUCUGACAAAUGUUGGGCAGCUCUUCCGCGCGCAUCCAGAGCUGGCGUCUCAUGUCAAGGGCGUCAGUCUCAUGGGGGGUUCCAUUGGCAAUGGGUUCACGGACGCGCCCAUGGGCGAGGUCGACGGCAAGCCGAGGAUAGGAAACUACACCCCGUGGGCCGAGUUCAAUGUACUCAUCGAUCCCGAGGCGGCGUCUGAGAUUUUUUCGAAUGAGGCGCUCAAGGGCAAGAUUAGCGUCGUGCCGUUGGACCUCAGCCAUCAGGUGCUCGCCACGGACGAUGUGAGGCAGCUUCUGCUGUGUGGGCGAGACGGCACCAAGAGGGAUGAUGGCAAGGGCAAGACGGUUCUCCGGCAGAUGCUCGUGGAGCUGCUGUACUUUUUCGCACAGACAUAUGCGACCACAUUUGGCAUCACUGCUGGCCCGCCAUUACACGAUCCUCUGGCUGUAGCAUUGGCCCUGUCUGGAACGCCCGAUGGGAUCCCCUUUUACGAUUGGGAUGAGAAGAAGAGCGCCCACCCAAGGCACGAGGAACGCUUCGGGGUCACGGUGGUGACAGAGGGCACGCUGGAGGACGCUGCCAGUGGCAAGACGCAGACGGGACGAACCGUGGCCAAAGUGCUGCCGCCUGGCUCGGCCGGUGUCAGAAUACCCAGGGGCUGUGAUACACAAAAAUUCUGGGACGUGAUAGAGGAGUGCAUCGAGCGCGCAGACGCCCUCAAUUCCACUCAGCAAAAAUAG